AUGAAGGUUGUGCAGCUCACAAGCGACGUCCUAGAGACGCGGUUGGCGCACCCGGUCCAUCUCUUAACGGAGCAGGACUCCUUCGAUGUCACGGUCUCCCCACGUGCUGGUGCCAUGGGAGAAUGGACAAGACAGCUGCAAAUGACUCCCCGCCAGCAUGAUUUCAGGGAUCGCAUUCAGUUGCCACGGCUGCUACGAUAUCCGCUGCCACCAGACGCGCUUCCGGACGAACCCGAGGACAAGCGCCGGGCGACUCUACUCCGGGUGUUCCAGGAUUUCGUUCUGGACCUGCACAGAGGCAUGCACAUGACGCAGAUAAGCUCGAGCCAGGAGUACUCGGACAUUCACUGUCAGAUUCUGGAGAAUUUGGAAACUUUAAAGAUUGACCAGGGUAGUGGCUGCAUCAUCGAGUUUCCCCUCAGCGCUGUGUCGAAAGUGUACCGAAUCGUCAAAAAUGACGACCGGUGGUUCUCUGCAGGGUCGCUUACGGGGCCCACGCCGAUGCCUCCUCUACCUCUUUCGAACGCGGAGCACAUCGUUGUCGUUGAAUUCAUGAAGCGCAAGCUUGCAUUUGUCUUCGGCGAUAUGGCAGCCUCUCAACGGUUCCUGAUGUGCAUGGAGCUCCUCAUCCGGAGAGCGCAGGAAAGUUCUGAAGUUCGCGUGCCUGGGCAAAAACCCGACAGUCUGAUACCCAUGUUUUCUGGGACACAGGGCCACAAGAAACCUGGCGAGCGCUUCGCCCAGCCAUUGCCCCGCCAGAUGCAUGGGGAGGAGGAAAGUUUGCUCGCUCUUUGUGGCUGUGAAAGUGCAUCUGAGACGGCUACUAAAAUGUGA